GAUAAUUCAUUAUUGAGGUCAAUGUGAAACUCGUUCAUGUACCUUUUCGAUAAGUCACGAGUCGUUGAUAAUGAAAUUUCUUUCAAAUGCGCAGCUUUUCCCGAGUCUUCCUGCUUCUGCGUCUUCGUAGAACCGCGAUCUGCGAUGGAACAAUAAUGAUUGAAAAACCCCCUGUAACAUGAGACUUCUCACUUGUGCCUACAUUCCGGUUUCCAUCUUGCCUGAAGCGAGUAACAAAAAGUAUCGAAUAAUUUCAUUGGAAAAAUGAUUUACUACCUCAUCUGUAUUUCGGAUCGCAAUACUUCAGCAGACAGUCAUAUUAGUUUUUGGCAAACCCCUUUGAUCGAUCGCGUUAACCUACAUGCCGAGUAAACCAAGUGUAUAAAUCAUAUUUUCACUGACAAAAUGCUCAACAAAAUUGAAAUUUGACGAAAGUAAAUUGUGACGUAAAUGUUUUCGAGCUUGUUGAUUGAUUUUGCUGUUUGCACCAUGAGUCACCGAGGGAUCCUAUCACCAUCAAGAAAAAAAGGACACAAAUCUCGGAACUCUGUGCCGUCCUCGCCUGAUAGUAUUGAAAGAAGACGAACUCGUUGAUGUCUUAACAAGGCAGAUUUAUCUAGCUGAAAAUCAGAUGCAAAAGAUGCAAUCGGUUUUGAAGAGAGCCGAGGAGCGUCUGAGAAUGAAGGAUCAAGAGAUUACACGACUCAAACGAAAAAUCAAAGAUUGGGAGGCCAAGAGCAAAAAUCAAGAUACCAUUCACAAGAGUGUUAUACAAAAGAAAAAAACGGAAACAGAAAAUUCGGCUUAUCUUUACAAAAGAUGCUUGGGUCUUGAGCACAAAAUUUUCGAAAUGGAGAAAUUUCUCGCCGAUUAUGGUCUCGUGUGGAUCGGCGAUACGAAAACUGAUCGAGGCAAACGCCAGAGCAACACACCCAAUGACUUCAUCAAGAAUUGUUAUGCCCAAUUAACUGCGAACAUCGAGGAACUUAACUUGGCCGUUGGUAAGGACGAAGUUUACGUCGAGCUCAAUCAGAAUGGAGCAGGUGCUUCUUUCAAGACUCCGACCUGCAUGUGUCUGAGAUUUUACAAGAACGGAAUGGUCGUCGAAGACGGGAAAUUACGACCGUACAACGACCCCAACACCGUUUCCUUCAUCCGAGAUAUUCUCGAUGGAUACUUUCCAUCAGAAUUACAAAAAUCCUAUCCCAACGGUGUCCCAUUUAAAGUGGAAGAUCACAGAACAGAAACUUAUCUGUUGGGUCCCAUGGGCUUCCCAGGACAUGGUUAUCGACUGGGCAAACAAGCUUUGAUGGGCAAAAGACCUUCGUCGUCGACAGCCAAGCCACCCACGACGACGAAUUUUAACCCUACGAAGUCGCCUUACUUCUCGGUUGACAGUCAAAAAAAAAAUACCUACAGCUGCAAAACGGGAGCGCCUUCGGUCCCUUCGAGCGCCAGAUCGUCGAAACAGAGAAUUUGCCCUCCACCGCUGUCGGUAGAGCUGCUCGAUCUCAGAUCCCAGAUUCUCGCUUCUCACAACAAUAAUUGUUCCCACUCCCAUCUCCAGUCUCAUGUCAACGCAGAACUUGGUAUCGGCAAUCGGACCGAGAGAAAACGGUUUCCUGCCGCGAAAACGACGCAGUACCACAUGUCGGUAAAAGAAAAAUCUUUAACUUCGAAAGGCAGUCGUACGGAUUCGGUUUCUUUGUCAAGCAGAAAAGGAAAAGCGAGUCAGCAUGCCUCGGUCGAUCGUUCGUCAUCAGGAUUCUCUUCGAGUCGGAUGGAAAAAUCAUUUGGUCGCGUUAAAUCGCGUCCCCGAUCAGCGAGCUUGAACAAUGCUCGUCUCCCAAUUCGUUCGUGCUCGAGAUUUUCGUCACCGACCGGCAUCGAUGGGAGUCCGAGACACAUUAAUCAUGCGACUAGUGGAACAACGGCGAAACCGAGAAUAUCAAAAUCAGCGACUCUCGAUAGGAAAAGCGAAUUACCGACCGUUCGUGAAAUCAAUCAAUCGUCCGGGAAACCCGGCGGUUUCCGACUGAAGGUGAGAUCCAUGAACGGGAGCACGGUUUAUCUGGUGCACGUAUCCGCCGACGAUACAGUCGCUAAGCUGUAUCAACUGUUGGAUAAAGCACUGGCAAAAGGUCGUCACAGAAGUUACAAAAUUAUCAUCAGCGGUUAUGAGCGAAAGAGGCUCGAUCAGUUUGGAAUCCAAUUGAAAGAGUAUGGAAUAUCUCGAGAUAGUGUGCUCCAUUUAGUGAACGAUUGAGACUAUUUCAUUGCGAAAUACAAAAGACACGUGCAAUCACAUGGAUCACAUCAAAAGUUUUCGUCACAGGCAGUUGCUUGUUGGGUUCAUCAAGUCCUCGGUUACCAACGCGGAGUUUCGAGAUUUCUGUAAUCUGUCGAGUAAAGUUGGAGUCAAAUAUGCACUACGUGAAAAAAAAAAAAAAAAAAUAAACUCUGUCAUUGAAAUGAAACGUGGCAAGUUUCCCCAGCGUGAAAAAUUCAAUAUUUCAAAAAGAUGCAAAAUUGGUGAUUCUCUCUUCCGUCUGCGUGGAAUUGUAUCUGUAAGCUGCUUAGUUUCUAUAUAUGGAAUCGCAAAAAUUUCUCGUUGAAAUUCGACGGGAUCGUGGAUCAUAUGAAAUUGAUAGUAAACAUUUGUUAAAGCUUCGUUAUCGCGUAACCACCUUUGAAAUUAACGUUCCAGUGUAUCGCUUUCCACCAGGAGAUUAUUGAUGUAUAUAUGCGA